CCUCUCCUCGCUUUUACCGUAGCGCACACUGGAUUGAACCAUUAGGACAACCGGACUAUUAGGGCUCUGGAAAAAGGGUCGGGAAAAGCAGAAUUCGCUAUUUUCUUUUCAUUUGAAGACUACAUUUUUCAGUAAGGACCCGUUGACAGCAGAGCCAGGAUGGAUGCUAACGGCAUAUUCUCACUUCUGUUGCUGUGUUCUGUCACUGAGCUGUGCGUGUUGGCGAGCCCUGAGGGGAAUGAUUCCCAGCAGCACCAUACCCAGAACGUCUACCACGACAUCGGUGUUACCAGGAACACCAUAGUCACUGCUCAGUUUGAGUGCUAUCAGAAGAUCAUGAAAAACGACAAACACAACAAAAUAGGGCCAGUUUGUAACAGGACGUGGGAUGGCUGGCUGUGCUGGGAGGACACAGAGGCAGGCUUCACUACAAACCAACACUGUCCAGACUACUUCCAAGACUUUGACACAGCAGAAAUGGCGUCCAAAGUGUGCAGUGAAACGGGUAAUUGGUUUCUACACCCGGAGAGCAACAGGACAUGGACAAACUACACCAAAUGUACGGCAUACACCAGUGCAGGAAGAGUGACAGCGAUGAAUCUCUACUACCUGGUUCUGAUUGGACAUGGACUGUCGCUGACGUCAUUGUUCUUCUCAUUGGGAAUAUUUUUCCAUUUCAAGAGUCUAAGCUGCCAGAGGAUAACGCUCCACAAAAACCUAUUUUUUUCAUUUGUGUUGAACUCGGUCAUCACCAUCAUCUGGUUGACAGCGGUGGCUAACAACCAGGGACUAGUGCAGAGCAACCCUGUGAGCUGUAAGGUGAUCAUGUUUAUUCACCUGUACCUGUUUGGCUGUAACUACUUCUGGAUGCUGUGUGAGGGCAUCUACCUGCACACACUCAUCGUCGUGGCUGUGUUCGCCGAGAAACAACACCUCAUGUGGUACUACCUGCUUGGAUGGGGAUUUCCACUCAUACCUGCAUUGAUACAUGCAAUAGCACGAAGCUACUACUACAAUGAUAAUUGUUGGAUCAGCUCCAACACUUCCCUCCUCUACAUUAUCCAUGGUCCCAUCUGUGCUGCCCUGCUGGUGAAUCUGUUCUUCCUGUUAAACAUUGUGCGUGUCCUCAUCACCAAACUGAAGGUGACCCAUCAAGCUGAAUCUAGCCUCUACAUGAAGGCUGUGAGAGCCACCCUGAUCCUAGUCCCUCUCCUGGGCAUCCAGUUUGUCUUGUUCCCCUACAAACCCCAGGGACGCUUCGCCUUGGAGAUCUACGACUAUAUUAUGAACAUCCUCAUGCACUACCAGGGUCUCCUGGUUGCCACCAUCUUCUGCUUCUUCAAUGGGGAGGUCCAAGGUGUUUUGCGAAGGCACUGGAACCAGCAGAGGAUCCAGUUUGGCAGUAACUUUGCCCACGCAGAUGUCUUCCGCUCAGCCUCAUACGUGGCGUCAUCCCUGACAGAGGUGCAUCGCUGCUACAGCAUCGACGGGCACACCGAACACAUGAACGGCAAGAACAGCUACCACGACGUCGAGACGGUGACACCCACCAUACUCCGGUCAGACAACCCGUUUGCCUGAGGCUGAAGGUCGGAAGUCGCGGGUCUUGGGUCUGUACAGUUACACAGUGGCAGUUAAACUUUCAGUUGAAAUGGCUGCAGACAAUUUGGAACUCUUUUCCCACCAUAUUCUAGAACAUUUUCUCAAACUUCUUGGCUGUAGCCUUCACAGCAAUUGGAUGAUGGUGAAAAAGUACAUGAACGUUUAUAGGGGGCACUACUCAGCCUCUUGAUCUGGUCAAUACAGUUACCUUCAACUGAUCCACUUUAACUUCACGAGGACGGAAUAGGCACUUAACUAGAGACACCUGUGUAAAGGAAUGGACACUACCUACACUACCUUAAGGGUUUUAGUGUAAGGAAUGGACACUACCUACACUACCUUAAGGGUUUUAGUGUAAGGAAUGGACACUCCCUACACUACCUUAAGGGUUUUAGUGUAAGGAAUGGACACUACCUACACUACCUUAAGGGUUUUAGUGUAAGGAAUGGACACUCCCUACACUACCUUAAGGGUUUUAGUGUAAGGAAUGGACACUACCUACACUACCUUAAGGGUUUUAGUGUAAGGAAUCAAUCUUGCCGUUUCAUCCUGUGGACUGAAGGGCCUACGACUGUACAAAAACCAAUGACCCAAGAGCCUGAGACUCUACAAAAACCAAUGACCCAAGAGCCUGAGACUCUACAACAACCUCUGACCCAAGAGCCUGAGACUCUACAACAACCUCUGACCCAAGAGCCUGAGACUCUACAACAACCUCUGACCCAAGAGCCUGAGACUCUACAACAACCUCUGACCCAAGAGCCUGAGACUCUACAAAAACCUCUGACCCAAGAGCCUGAGACUCUACAACAACCUCUGACCCAAGAGCCUGAGACUCUACAACAACCUCUGACCCAAGAGGAGUACAGUGCAAUUAACUUGUUGGGCCUUCUGGUGAUAUAAUUACUUCCAUUCUGUAAAGGACAAAGGAAACCUAAUGUACAUGGACCUUAAGCACUGGAUUAUGUAUUAAGAUUGGCAGGCUCUUUAUGUCUCUCUUUAUGACAAGACAAGUAACUAAACGUCACAGUGGAUUUUUUUAUACAGUGUACAGUUACAAUUGUUUUCUUUUACAGCAAUUAGCAUUGAAUGUGUUAUCAUGUGUUGUGGUCUGUGGUUUGAAUUUACAUGGUCAUCGAUGGCUACUUAUUUAUAACUAUGUUACAGUAGUACAAGAUGGACCACCCAUUAGAAUGUUCAUUUCCUGUCAGUGUAUUUCCCUGUCCAGCGGUCUUCUCCCUUCUGUCUAGACUAGGGUUUAGUCCCUCUGUGGGAGUUUAUGUCUGGCACAUAAAAUGACCUUGGUUUUGCCUCAGUUUUAUCUGUCAUAGUUGAAUGUAUGUAAGUCUUGUUUAAGUAUAUAAGUAUUUUUUUUCAUAGAGUUGCUUCAUAUCCAAAUGCUGGAGAGAAUUCUGCUCACACGUGGAUACUUAAGGUGGAGGGAGAGAGAGCGCGUGAGAGAGAGGGGGGGAGAGGGAGAGGGAG